CAUGGCGUGCGGCUGUGGCGCGCUGUCGAGCUUUUUGUUCGAGUACGACACGCCGCGCAUCGUGCUUAUCCGUAGCCGUAAAGUGGGGCUUAUGAACCGCGUCGUGCAGCUGCUCAUUCUGGCCUACGUCAUCGGAUGGGUGUUUGUGUGGGAGAAGGGCUACCAGGAAACAGACUCAGUGGUCAGCUCGGUUACUACCAAGGCCAAAGGCGUGGCUGUUACUAACACCUCUGAACUCGGAUUCCGGAUCUGGGACGUGGCAGAUUAUGUGAUUCCAGCUCAGGAAGAAAACUCGCUUUUUAUCAUGACCAACAUGAUCGUCACCAUGAACCAGAGCCAGGGCGUUUGUCCUGAGGUUCCAGAUACGACCACUGUGUGUGAGUCAGAUGCCAACUGCACCGCAGGCUCUGCAGACACCCACAGCAGUGGAGUUGCAACAGGGAGAUGUGUACCAUUCAACAAGACUGUGAAGACAUGUGAGGUGGCAGCCUGGUGCCCCGUGGAGAUUGACACCCAUGUGCCCAAGCCUGCUUUCUUAAAGGCUGCAGAAAACUUCACUAUUUUGGUUAAGAACAACAUCUGGUAUCCUAAAUUUAAUUUCAGCAAGAGGAACAUCCUUCCCAACAGCAGCUCCUCUUACCUUAAAUCGUGCAUUUAUGACGCUCAAACAGAUCCCUUCUGCCCCAUCUUCCGUCUGGGCAAAAUCAUUGCAAGUGCGGGACAGAGCUUCCAGGACAUAGCUGUGGAGGGCGGCAUCAUGGGCAUCCAGAUUAAAUGGGACUGCAACCUGGACCGAGCUGCUUCCCACUGCCUGCCCAGGUAUUCCUUCCGCCGCCUCGACAACCGUGACAAUGAUCACAACGUGUCUCCUGGAUACAACUUCAGGUUUGCCAAGUAUUACAACAGCCCAGGCGGCGUGGAGCACCGGACCCUCAUCAAGGCCUACGGCAUCCGCUUCAACAUCAUCGUGUUUGGGAAGGCUGGGAAAUUUGACAUCAUCCCUACCAUGAUUAAUGUGGGCUCCGGCUUGGCCCUGUUAGGGGUGGCCACAGUGCUCUGUGACAUCAUAGUUCUCUACUGCAUGAAGAAGAAGCAGUACUACCGAGAGAAGAAAUACAAAUUUGUCGAAGAUUACGAACAGGUUGGAGAGUUCCUGGGUGGCACAAACAGUUACACACUGAGCUGCCAUGAAAAGGUGUGGCAGGUGGAGUCCACCCAGAGGUGUGCCUUGGAAGUACCUGUAACAGAAGUGGGACUCAACGCCAUUGAACGGCACGUGCUGGAUCCAGACACGCAGGUGCUCAGACUGCUCUGCAGGGCACAGCAGCCCCAUCAACAGACCCUGAAAAUCAGCCAUGACAAGGCCCUGGAAAUCUACCAACUGCCUGUGGGUGUGGAGAGGACCUACCUGGGGAGCUUGGAAGAAGGCAGGAUCUGGCUCAGCAGGUCUGGGACAGCGCCUGUGCACCUGCAUUCCUAG